AUGGAUUCUAUGCUAGUUGAUUUAGCUGGUGAGCACCCACCAUUAAUAAAUGCUUUUUCCUGCAUGAAAGCUGGCCUUAAGAAUUGUGAUGCCAAUGGGAAUGCUGGCCCAAUUCCAGAACGAGUAAAGAAACUUGUUGAUGACUAUAAUGAAGCAUUGCAAGAAAAGUAUCCAGAGAACUGGCAAGAGCAACCUUUUGAUGGUCAAAUUGCAUAUGAUAUUGGUGGUGGCUUGCCGCAUGGUCGCCUUGCAAUAGGAAAUGGUGCUGUCAACAUGGUUACAAUAAUUGAUGCUGCCAAGGCAAGUGGAACAAGGCCAGCAACCUCAAGGGCUUUUCAAACCCUGUUGGCAAGAUAUGAGAAUGCUGCAUUGACUCGAGAUGUGAAGCGUAAUGGUUGUGUACUUGAGCUCAUUCUUAACAAAGUACAAAUAGAGAUACCACCAGACCUGCUUCAGGUAGAAGAAAAUGACAUGGGAGGGACUAUAGAUGGAUCAUCUCGUGCUUCAGCCAACCUGGACAUGGACAACAGUGAUGGCCAUUGA